AUGGAGCCCCUCACAGAGCUCAGCCAGGAGGGCGCGGGCGGCGGGGAGCCGCCGGGCGGCGGGCCGCUCUGGACCGCCGUCUUCGAGUACGAGGCGUGCGGCGAGGACGAGCUGAGCCUGCGGCCGGGGGACGUGGUGCAGGUGCUGUCCCGGGACUCGCACGUGUCCGGCGACGAGGGCUGGUGGACGGGCAAGAUCGACCAGCGCGUCGGCAUCUUCCCCAGCAACUACGUGAGCAGCGGCGUGCAGGGGGGCGGCCCGGAGCUGCGGGCCCGCUACCCGCCGCCCCCCGCCAUACAGCUCCUGGAGAUCGACUUCUCAGAGCUUGUUCUGGAGGAAAUCAUUGGCAUAGGGGGCUUCGGAAAAGUGUAUCGAGCUGUAUGGAUAGGAGAUGAGGUUGCUGUCAAGGCAGCUCGCUAUGACCCUGAUGAGGACAUCAGCCAGACCAUUGAGAAUGUCCGCCAAGAGGCCAAGCUCUUUGCAAUGUUAAAGCAUCCCAACAUCAUUGCCCUCAGGGGUGUGUGUUUGAAGGAACCUAAUCUUUGCUUGAUCAUGGAGUUUGCCCGUGGAGGAUCGCUGAAUAGAGUGUUGUCUGGUAAAAGGAUACCUCCUGACAUAUUAGUGAACUGGGCAGUACAGAUUGCGAGGGGAAUGAACUACCUGCACGAGGAAGCAAUUGUUCCCAUAAUUCACCGUGACCUGAAGUCCAGCAACAUACUGAUACUCGAAAAGGUGGAAAAUGGAGAUCUGAGCAACAAGAUAUUGAAGAUCACGGAUUUCGGCUUGGCCAGGGAAUGGCAUAAAACUACCAAAAUGAGCGCAGCUGGGACAUAUGCCUGGAUGGCUCCUGAGGUCAUCCGCUCCUCCAUGUUCUCCAAAGGCAGCGAUGUGUGGAGUUACGGCGUGCUGCUUUGGGAAUUGCUAACAGGAGAAGUACCCUUCCGAGGAAUUGAUGGUCUUGCAGUAGCAUAUGGUGUUGCCAUGAAUAAACUUGCCCUUCCAAUCCCUUCCACGUGUCCAGAGCCUUUUGCCAAACUCAUGGAAGAUUGUUGGAACCCUGACCCACACUCACGACCUUCCUUUGCCAGUAUCCUAGACCAUCUCACUGCCAUAGAAGAGUCUGGUUUCUUUGAAAUGCCCAAAGAUUCCUUCCACUCCCUGCAGGAAGACUGGAAACAAGAGAUCCAAGAGAUGUUUGAUCAGCUCAGAGCCAAAGAAAAGGAGCUGCGCACAUGGGAAGAAGAGCUGACGCGUGCUGCUGUUGAACAGAAGAACCAUGAGGAGUUGCUACGAAGGCGGGAACAGGAGCUGGCAGAACGUGAGAUUGACAUCCUAGAAAGGGAGCUCAACAUCAUCAUCCACCAGCUGUGUCAGGAGAAGCCUCGGGUGAAGAAACGCAUGGGGAAGUUCAAGAGGAACAGGCUCAAGUUAAAAGAUGGCAAUCAUAUCAGCCUGCCUUCAGACUUCCAGCAUAAAUUCACUGUGCAGGCUUCUCCAACGAUGGAUAAAAGGAAAAGCUUGAUCAGUAGCUGCUCCAGCCCUCCAGCAAGUCCUACCAUUAUUCCCAGACUCAGGGCCAUACAGUUGACUCCUGCUGAAAGCAGUAAAACGUGGGGACGAAGCUCAGUCCUUCCAAAGGAGGAAGGAGAGGAAGAAGAGAAGAGAGGACAGAAGAAAAAGGGACGCACUUGGGGGCCAAGCUCACUUUGUCACAAGGAGCUAGGUGCAGGAGAAGAUGGUCUGAAAGCUCUGGUAGAAGGAUACAAACAGUGGUCGUCCAGUGCACCAAACCUCGGGAAGAUCCAGAGAACUGUGCCUGCUUUUCCAGGAUUCACCAGCUUAGCGGAGAUGGAUGAUGAAGACAGUGAAUGUCUUAAUGGGGAGGGCAAAGUGCACCCUUCACCUGGGCACAAUCAGUCAUACCUCUGCAUCCCAUUUCAGAAGAAUGAAGACUGGGAUGGCCCUUCUAGUGAUGCCAAUGAGGAGUCCACCCCUGUGAACUCUGCUACUAGUACCCCACAGCUGACACCCACCAACAGCCUCAAACGUAGUGGCUCCCACCACAAGCGAUGUGAGGUUGCAUUGCUUGGCUGUGGAGCAGUGCUGGCUGCUGCAGGCCUGGGUUUUGAUCUGUUAGAAGCAGGGAAGUGUCAGCUGCUGAUUGAGGAGGAGCCAGAGGCGCCUAAGGAAGAGAAAAAGAAGCGUGACAGCAUUUUCCAGCGAGCUGGACGCCCACGCAGGAGCACUAGUCCACCUUCCCGAAAGAUCUUCAAGAAAGAGGAUCCCAUGUUGUUGCUAGGCGAGCCAUCCACAUCCCUCACCCUUCUUUCCCUGUCUUCCAUUUCCGAAUGUAAUUCCACCCGGUCCCUGCUGCGCUCAGACAGUGAUGAGAUUGUGGUGUAUGAAAUGCCUGUGAGCCCAGUGACAGUCAAGGCUCCCUUGCCAGCCAUUACCAACCCACUAGUCAAUGUCCAGAUCGAGAGGUUCAAGCAAGACCCCAACCAGUCCCUGACUCCCACACAUGUGACGGUCUCUUCCCACACCCAGCAAAGCGGGCACAGGCGCACACCUUCUGAUGGGGCCAUCAAAGGGAGUGGACUAGUUGUCAAUGGGUGCCCAACCAGUGGAUGCCCUUCCAGUAGCUGUUUAACUGGAGCACUGGGAGCAGGUGUAUUAAAAACACCUAGUCCAAGUAGAGAUCCCAAUGAGGUCCCUCGCCUGCCAGACCCCAACCUUGUUUUUCCUCCAACCCCGAGACGAUGGAAUGCACAGCAGGACCCCACACUGGAAAGACCCAAGACAUUGGAGUUCCUGCCCCGGCCACGUCCUGCAGCCAGUCGGCAGCGGCUUGAUCCCUGGUGGUUUGUGUCACCCAGCAACGCCAAGGGUGAAUCUUCUGCCAACAGUUCAAGUACUGAUACUCCAAGCAAUCUGGACUCUUGUUUUGCUAGUAGCAGCAGCACUGUAGAAGAGAGACCUGGACUGCCUGCACUGCUUCCUUUCCAGGUGGGUCUUCCUGUAGAGGAGCGGACACUGUUGGACAUAGAUGCUGAGGGGCAGAGCCAGGACAGCACCAUUCCGCUAUGCAGAAGUGAACUUAACACACACAAAGCUGCAGCAUAUGAACUCAAGCAAGAAUUCUGGUCUUAG